UGACACAUUAUACGAAAUGGUCGUUUAUACAGAAAAAGAAUAUUUGCAAAUGAUUCAAUGCCAUGCAUUAUCAGGAGGUAACUGUCAUAGAGCUGCUCAACUAUAUAGAGAAAAGUACCCAGACAAUCAGCGAUUUCCCGGGCACCAAGUUAUUACACGGACGAUGAUUCGAAUUAACGAAGGAGGACCAAUCAAACCUGAUAAUAAAAAUAUAUCAGGGAGACCAAGGUCGAGGAGAACAGCUGAGGUUGAAGAAAAAAUUCUAGAAUAUGUUCGCGAACAUCCUCGAACCGGACUACGAGCAGUUGCGAAAAAAUAUGGUGUUUCUUAUUCCAUGGCGCAGGCGACAGUAAAGGAAGCAAAGUUGCAUGACUACAGCUUUAGAAGAGUUCACACCCUAAGCCACCGGUUUGAUCGUAAAAGGCGUUUAAAAUUUUGCAAGUGGCUUGUAAAAAGACACGAGCGUGACCCCACUUUUAUAAAUAACAUUCUUUUCACCGAUGAGUGUCGUUUUGCUAGAGAAGGUCCAUUCAACUACAGAAAUGAACACUACUGGAGUGACAGAAAUUUGUUUCUGGAGAUGCCACACUCUCAUCAAGAAAAAUUCUCUGUGCAUCUGUGGGCUGGGAUCUAG